AUGCCAAACCAAACUAUUGUAACUGAGUUCAUCCUCCUGGGACUUUCACAGAAUGCAAAAGUUCAGAUAAUAAUAUUUGUUGUAUUCUUAUUUAUCUAUAUUGCAACCAUUGGUGGCAGCAUAAUAAUUGCAGUAACCAUCCUCUGCACGCCUGCACUGCUUGGAUCACCCAUGUACUUCUUCUUGGCAUUUCUGUCUUUCUUGGAUGCAUGCAUUACUUCAGUCAUCACACCAAAGAUGAUUGCUGACUCCCUCGAUGAGAGUAAAACCAUCUCCUUUGAGGGCUGCAUGACACAGAUCUUUGGUGAACACUUCUUUGCUGCAGUGGAAGUAAUUGUACUAAUCGCCAUGGCCUAUGACCGAUAUGUAGCUAUUUGCAAGCCUUUACACUACUCUUCCAUAAUGAACUGGAGGCUCUAUGGCACUCUGGUGGGGGUAGCAUGGACAGGAGGAUUCUUGCACUCUAUCAUACAAAUUAUCUUCACUUUACAGCUGUCCUUUUGUGGACCCAAUGUUAUCGAUCACUUCGUGUGUGAUUUGUUCCCAUUACUGGAGUUGACAUGCACUAACACUUAUGUUUAUGGACUCCUUGUGUUUGCCAACAGUGGGUCUAUUUGCAUCAUAAUUUUUUCUAUGUUGCUUAUCUCCUAUGGUGUUAUUUUGUUCUCUCUAAGAAGUCAUAGUUCUGAAGGACGAUGGAAAGCUCUCUCCACUUGUGGAUCCCACAUUGCUGUUGUUGUUUCAUUCUUUGUUCCAUGCAUAUUUAUAUAUGCAAGAUCUACGUCUGCAUCUUCUUUUGAGAAAAAGGUAGCUGAGUUUGAUGCCAUUAUGACUCCAUUGCUCAAUCCUAUAAUUUACACUUUUAGAAAUAAAGAAAUGAAAAGUGCCAUUAGAAAAAUAUGGAAAAGAUUUAGGGUGGUCUCUGAUAAAAUUUAA